AUGUCAAAUACUUCUGACACUCCUAUUGAAAUCUCUCAUGAUAAACCUUCUGAGUUGUUUUCUGUUGAUGCUGAAUCUGUGCUUCCUGUUGAGAAGCCUGAUAUUAGUCCGGAGUCUGUAUCACCCUUAUUAUCUGCUAAGCCUAUUGAAUCUGGUGAUCCACCUCAGUUGUCGACUGAAAAAUCUGUAUCUGCGAAACCUGACCUUGAGACUGAAUCUGAGAGAAAUGUUCACGAGUCUGUCAAUACUGAAAAAUUGAGUUUGGUUGUGUAUUUUGAGAAUGUUGAUCGUUCUGUGCUUUCUGUUGAUCCUGUGUCUCAUAUAUCUGAUAAGUCCUCUAUUGAGGAUUGCCCAGUUGAAGUUCCACAAAAGUUGUCUGUUGAGCCUGUUGCAGAACUGUCCGUGUGCCCUCGUCCUUCUGAGUCGAUUGAUGGUAUUCCUAUUUAUACAUCCUCCAACUUGGCUGAGAGCCUUGACCAUAUUCGGCACUUUGCGGGAUUACCUUCUGCCUCGAUAGACAAUGAUGAUGAAAGAAUUUUGGCUGAAGUCUAUGGAUCACAAGCUCCAUCCUUUGACCCAAUUGGGUCUCUGACAGUGGAAGAGACAGCUCACCCGGACUCCACAACGUUCAAAAUCAGAGAGGUCAUCAAGCUUCUUGCUUCCUCUACUGUUCAUGUGUCUGAGACCAGCAAUUCUGUAUCGCCAAACCCUACAAAGAGCUCCCCUGUCAGAGAAAUGAGAAAAGGAGAUGAACAUAUUGAAUCUACUCAACCAGAAAAGAAAAGAAAGUCAGCUGAUUCUGAGAAGGCUGAAAGUGAUCCACCGAUCAAACAAGUGUUUAAGACCCUGAGGUCUUCUGUUAAAAAUAAGGCUCCUACAGUUGUUCCAUCAACAACAACCAGAAAAAUGAAAGCUACUUCAAAAGCAAGAGGAAGGAGUGUUACUCCUGAUAUGCAGAUUGCCUCUGACAGCCCUGAUGCUUCUGUUUACACACCACAGUUUGUCUCAGCAACUGCUCAAGACAAAUGGAAUACAAUGGUGAGACGAGAGCUGAUUGUACAGAGAUCAGUUGACGAGAAUCAAUUGAAUUCAGUCUGCAAUAUUUUGCCUCUGCUAAGUGAGGUUGGCCUGCUGAAGAUAGUGACAUCCAUCUGCUCAUACUCAAAGUUGCUCACCUACGAGUUCUACUACAAUCUGAAUGAGGAGAUUGACAAUCUUACCAGUGAAAGGUGUCAACAGAUCUUUAUUACGGGAAAGUGGUAUGUGUUCCGACCAGACAUGAUUAAUGAGUACUCAGGGAUGAAGCCGGUUGAGGAAGAAGAAAUUUCUGACUGGGAUUUGGUUGCAAAGACUCUCACUGGAGGACUGGCUCCAGUUUGGCCAACAGGUGAUAAUGAUACCUUGUCAAGCUCAGAAUUUACCUCCAAGUUUGUUAUUCUGCACCGCAUUGCUUUGCACAACUGGCUUCCAUCAGCACACUUUCAUACUGUUGGAAAACAACUAGCUGCUCUUCUGUUUAGAAUUGGCACCAAGAUGACAGUUGAUCUGGGGAGAUGGAUCUUCUAUCAUAUUCUCACCUUGAUACAUCCCAGGGAACAGAAGGUACGACUUCCGUAUCCUAAUCUCAUCUUUGGAAUAUUAUCUUCACAAGGCCUGGUUCCAAUGCAAAGUGAGAUCAUUACUCCGUCUCUGCUGUAUACUGUCGAUCCAUGA